GGCGGGCUGUCACUCACAGGACGUCACGGGCGCGGGAUGAGCGGGCAGGCAGAGGUUAAAGUGAAAAUACCUUUUGGAAACAAGUAUCUUGAUGCUAUAUUUUCUGUCCCAGAGAAGAAAUCAACAUAUGGAGUCAUUCUUACCCAUGGAGCUGGGGGAGAUAUGAAUUUCCCUCACUUAGUGUCCUUGGCAGCCCAUCUUGCAUCUCAUGGAGUUCUGUGCCUGCGGUUUACUUGUAAAGGCCUUAACAUUGCUUAUAGGACUAAGGCCUUCAAAGCAGUUGUGGAAUACUUAAAGCUUUCCAAAGACUAUAAACUUUCAGGUGUCUUCCUUGCAGGCCGUUCCAUGGGCUCACGAGCUGCUGCCUCUGUGAUACGUCAUCUUAGCCAGGAGGAGGAGGAGGAUGACUUCAUUCAUGGUCUAAUAUGUUUAUCUUACCCAUUGCAUCGACCAAAACUUCAGUCCAAGCUCCGUGAUGAAGAUUUAUUAUUUAUCAGCUGUCCGGUGCUGUUUGUCUCAGGAUCAGCAGAUGAGAUGUGUGAAAAACAAUUGCUGGAAGGUGUGGCAAGCAAAAUGAAAGCCCCUAAAAGAAUCCAUUGGAUUGACAAAGCAAACCAUGGGAUGGCAGUCAAAGGAAGAACAACAGACGAUGUCAUGGAAGAAAUAAAUACACAAGUUUUUUCUUGGAUUAGAGAGAAUAUUGAACUAGAGCACAGAUGAUUUGCAGUGUUUAAGCAAUAUCUUCAUUUAGAUGUUCCUAAAUGCAGCAAAUUAAGAGUUUGUUAUUUCUGAGAGAUGCAUUUUUUAUAAAACGGAUAUUUUCAGAGGUCUAAGUGUAAAUGCAAAUAAAACAUUUUUUGUGUGAAUGAAAAGCAUUAUGCAAAAAAAUAAAGAAUUUUUUAAAGGAAGAACAGAAGAUUUACCAAAUACUUAAUAUCAUGGCAGCGUUGUUUUCUGUGUUUCUGUGCAAAUAACUGUAUAAAACACUUAGUCCUCUCCAUUAA